GGAGGGUGGUGUGGGGCCGGGCCUGACCCCGGGGGACCGCCCCGCGUCUGGGCGGUGCCCCAGUGCCCCGGCCUCGCCAUUUCCCGCUCAGCCCUGGAGCGCGUAGCUCUACCAAGAAUGGCCACUGUGCCUGAUGCCCCUGACCAGCGUUGCCCAUUUGAAUUUCCUAGCAGGCCCCCCAAAGUAGGUAUUUCGGUACCCUGUUAGAGCUGAGGCGCAGGUAAAAUGACUAGCCCAGGCCGGUCCCACCCCGUAAGGAUUUGAACGUUGGCUCCACAACUCGGGAGCCUGCGCCUUUCCUCCUCCCAACGUGGACUCCUGCCCGGCGAAGUGCCUCACUUCCUUCUCCCGGGAGUCAUCAAGCUUUGGUGUAUGUGUUGGCCGGUUCUGAAGUCUUGAAGAAGCUCUGCUGAGGAAGACCAAAGCAGCACUCGUUGCCAAUUAGGGAAUGGACCGUUUGGGUUCCUUUAGCAAUGAUCCCUCUGAUAAGCCACCUUGCCGAGGCUGCUCCUCCUACCUCAUGGAGCCUUAUAUCAAGUGUGCUGAAUGUGGGCCACCUGCUUUUUUCCUCUGCUUGCAGUGUUUCACUCGAGGCUUUGAGUACAAGAAACAUCAAAGCGAUCAUACUUAUGAAAUAAUGACUUCAGAUUUUCCUGUCCUUGAUCCCAGCUGGACUGCUCAAGAAGAAAUGGCCCUUUUAGAAGCUGUGAUGGACUGUGGCUUUGGAAAUUGGCAGGAUGUAGCCAAUCAAAUGUGCACCAAGACCAAGGAGGAGUGUGAGAAGCACUAUAUGAAGCAUUUCAUCAAUAACCCUCUGUUUGCAUCUACCCUGCUGAACCUGAAACAAGCAGAGGAAGCAAAAACUGCUGACACAGCCAUUCCAUUUCACUCUACAGAUGACCCUCCCCGACCUACCUUUGACUCCUUGCUUUCUCGGGACAUGGCCGGGUACAUGCCAGCUCGAGCAGAUUUCAUUGAGGAAUUUGACAAUUAUGCAGAAUGGGACUUGAGAGACAUUGAUUUUGUUGAAGAUGACUCGGACAUUUUACAUGCUCUGAAGAUGGCUGUGGUAGACAUCUAUCAUUCCAGGUUAAAGGAGAGACAAAGACGAAAAAAAAUUAUAAGAGACCAUGGAUUAAUCAACCUUAGAAAGUUUCAAUUAAUGGAACGGCGGUAUCCCAAGGAGGUCCAGGACCUGUAUGAAACAAUGAGGCGAUUUGCAAGAAUUGUGGGGCCAGUGGAACAUGACAAAUUCAUUGAAAGCCAUGCAUUGGAAUUUGAACUCCGAAGGGAAAUCAAGAGGCUCCAAGAAUACAGGACAGCAGGCAUUACCAAUUUUUGUAGUGCCAGAACCUACGAUCACCUCAAGAAGACACGGGAGGAAGAGCGCCUUAAACGCACUAUGCUCUCAGAAGUUCUCCAGUAUAUCCAGGACAGUAGUGCUUGCCAGCAGUGGCUCCGCCGGCAAGCUGACAUUGAUUCCGGCCUGAGUCCUUCCAUUCCAAUGGCUUCGAAUUCAGGUAGACGGAGUGCACCACCCUUGAACCUCACUGGCCUCCCUGGCACAGAGAAGCUGAAUGAAAAAGAAAAGGAGCUCUGUCAGAUGGUGAGGUUGGUCCCUGGAGCCUAUUUAGAAUACAAAUCUGCUCUAUUGAACGAAUGUAACAAGCAAGGAGGCUUAAGACUGGCGCAGGCAAGAGCACUCAUCAAGAUAGAUGUGAACAAAACCCGGAAAAUCUAUGAUUUCCUCAUCAGAGAAGGAUACAUCACUAAAGGCUAAGGCUCCAAGGGCUUGGGAUCAGAAGUCAGAAGUUUGGAAUGUGGUGGGUCAAAGGACAGUGUGGGUGGGCAUUCUGGAGAGUUGUUUUUCAGCUGAAUUCUCAUGGUGAAAACAGGGGAAAGGACAAAGGAAACCUUAAGUUGUAUUAAGUCUACUUUCUUCUCCAUCCUGCUUUAAAACACUCCUGUUGUUGGUAUUAUGCUGCAGAGUUGUGUGCUACAUAAGCUAUUAUUAAAUGUGAGUGGGCAUUCAUUCCUAACACCUCUUGUAACUAAAAGAACCAUAGUACCUCACAUCACAGUGCUGGUAGAAAUAGAACUAAACCACAGUCUGUAAUCCCAGGAGUCCAGCUCAGAUCCUUAUAUUGCGAGGUAAGUUUGCUGAUUAUCUGUCUUGCCUUCAAACACUGCAGACAGAUUUAAAAUAAAGAGAAAGGUUUUAGAGCAUAAGAAAGCUCUCGUCGAAGGAUUUUUUAAGCUGACAACUUUUUUUUUUUUUUUUUUUUUUUUUGAGACAGAGUUUGCUCUUGUCCUCCAGGCUGGAGUGUGAUGGCAAGAUCUCAGCUCACUACAACCUCUGCCUCUCAGGUUCAAGUGAUUCUCCUGCCUCAGCCUCCCGAAUAGCUGGGACUACAGGUGUCCACCACCACGCCUGGCUAAUUUUGUAUUUUUAGUAGAGACAGGGUUUUGUCAUGUUGGCCAGGCUGGUCGCAAACUCCUGACCUCAGGUGAUCUGCCCGCCUCAGCCUCCCAAAGUACUAGGAUUACAGGCGUGAGCCAUCGCGCCCGGCCUAAGCUGACAACUUUUAUGAGUAAAGGGGAAGAAAAUAUCCUUAUGAUGGUCUUAUCCCAAACUGCAUCUUUAACUUCGGCCGGGCAAGGUGGCUCACCUGUAAUCCCAGCACUUUGGGAGGCUAAGAUGGGUGGAUCACGAAGUCAGGAGUUCAAGACCAGCCUGACCAACAUGGUGAAACAGUCUCUACUAAAAAUACAAAAAUUAGCUGAGUGUGGUGGCACACGCCUGUAAUCCCAGCUACUCAGGAGGCUGAGGUAGGAGAAUUGCUUGAACACAGGAGGCAGAGGUUGCAGCGAGCUGAGAUCGCGCCACUGUGCUCCAGCCUGGGCAACUAAGUGGGACUCUGUCUCAGAAAAAAAAAAAACAAAAAAAAACCUUUAAUGUCUGGCUUUGUACUUUGCAGUCUGCCUGUCUAAUCUGCAGUAGUCUUUUGAGGAGGUGGCACUGGAUAUAACAUGUCUCUGUUAUUUUUAGAAUUAAUUAAAAUGUUUUGCUAUUUAAUUUGUGGGUGUGUCAAAUAUUCUGGUAACUGAAACACACUUAAGGUGUUGGAUGCCUGCCCCAUCACGCUGCACUGUCUGCUGUCACAUGUGUCCUGAACUCACCCUGUUUUUGCCCUGGGUUUCCCAGGAUACCAAGCCCCUGAGGAUGGAGAUGAUGCAGCAAACCUCAGCUUUGCUUGGAUUGUGACUUGAACCCUGUUUCUCAAUGGUGAAAGGCUAGCCUGCAAUAAAAGCUGCUUUUAAAACAGAAGUAAAGCAGCUUUAUAUACGGGACUCACUAGAUAUGAGGGUAAGUAGCCCCACCACAUGUAAAACUUGGUCCUCAAACGUUUCUGCAGAAUAAGAAGCCAAACUUAUGGUUAUCUUGUUUCUGUUAGAAACAAAGUUGUAUAUAGAAAUAACUUCGUCAGAAUCGACACAAAUCACAUCGAAUAGUUGACUGUUUAAUUCCUUCUACAUUCAAAUAUCUAAUUAAAAUACUGUGUGCUUUGUUGGAAGCAUCUGCUCAAACUUUUGCCUGUUGUAAAUAUGCAUGCAGCUGGGAAGGGAUUCAUCUAAGGGAUAAGAAAUGAAAAAGACACUCUAAGGACCUGAGGGAAUUCAAAUAGAGGACUUCGAUUUUUUAAAAAGAAUGACGUGGAAAUGAUCUGUUUUCCUUGUAAAAUCAUAUCUCGUAGAAAACAUUUUACCACUACCAUCACCCCUAGUUGGUUGUGAAGUGAUUGCCUCUUAUCCCUGAAAGGAAACUCCUGUUCUGAAAAGUUGGGAUGCAUUAGCCAUCAGUGUUAGGUGAUGUCUGUUGUAGUCUGAAGAGUCCUUAACCUUGAUUAAGGAAGGCUUCCUGGGAGAGGUGGGCUUUUGGGGCAAUUAUAUGAUAGAGAAGAGAGAGAAAAAUGGCAGAUGGAAGUGGGAGACAGUUCCACACACAGGGGGUGGAGAAUGAUGUGGAGGCAGCAGUGGGUGUAAGGACAGUGGCGCCAAGAGAUUUAUUUGGCUAGAACACAAGGGGCAGCUGGGUAGUUAGGAGUGGGAGGAUGGUAGGACAGUCUGACAGAAACCUUGGAAACAGUUGAACUCUGAAAAGCUGAUGGGAAAUCAGAUUUCAUGAGGAAAAUGGCAUGGUUGAAAAUAGUAAUAGAAAAAUAAGACUGAAGUUUUAAAUGACUGGAUUUUUGAAAGUAGGAUUAUUAUUUCUUUGGUAUACCGAACUUUGCAAAGAUACGUAGCAUUGCAUCCUUCCUCUUUGCUUCUAGACAGGGUUGGCCAUAAACCAACUACACUGAUAGAGGUCUCUCCAGAUUGUCUCAGAAGAGAGAGAGUUUACCCUGAAACUUAAUGACAUGAAUAAGACCUGUUUACUGAAAUUUUUAUUGCAAUUUAACGUUAAAAGUUUCUGCUGGAGUUUUAUGCAUAUUUUUCUCUCUAAGUGGUGGGAAAUAAAGAAGAAAUCUCUUUCCAUGUAAUGACUCUUCUCUGUGCUCAAAGACCAAGACUGUCUCUUGAGAUACCAAUUAAUACUAAAUAUUCACAGUUUAUCUUUUCCUGGGUCCCAGUUUCUUUCCUUUUAUUGUUAACCGUCUUCACUUCCCCCGCUUUUAAAAAUCUGAACUCAGUUAAGCAACCAGUCAUUGAAAUGACUGGGGGUUAGCUGGAAAAGGGAGAAAACCAAUGGCAUUCAUCAAUAACAACAAAAUCCCAGUUUGUAGGACAUUCUAGCUUUAGGAAAUAUGUAGGUAUGUAACAAGAGAAACAAUCUGCAUUGAAGAAUCAGAGGCCACAUUACACAGCAGUUUGGGAAAACUCACUCAUAAAUAUGUAUGAGUUUUAUUAUUUCUUUGGUAAACCCAGCUUUGCAAAGCUUUAUGCCUAGAAUCCCUCCAAAAAACACUUUUUCACCCAUCUUUAAGCAAACAGUGGUACUGUAUUCUGAACAGCAUUCUGGGGAACUUCACCCAUUCAUUUUUAAGGAUAUCUUUGUGGACACCUUCUAAAUGUACAUUGCAUUAUUCUUGACAACACAGAAGGGUUUUCUGUAUCUUAUAUGCACCUAGCUUUUUGUUUGAAUUUCUAAAAAUUAUAUUUAAAUAAAAGUUUGAUUCAAGAGGUGCUGCUGAUCUGGAAGCUUUGCUUUCCUUUCCAACGUGCUUAGCCAAAUGCAGCUAACCUUUCCCACAUCUGCCAGAAAGGACCAUCUUUGGAACACCAGGACACUGCCAUGUCUGUGGCCUUGCAUAGAAGAGUUGGCCAAGCUAAAAGAUUUCUUUUUAAUCAGACACAGGCUGGGUGCAGUGGCUCAUGCCUGUAAUCCCAGCACUUUUUGUGGCUGAAGUGGGAGAGUCACUUGAAGCCAGGAGUUUGAGACCAGGCUGGACAACACAGCAAGACCCCCAUCUCUACAUUAAAAAAAAAGAAAGAAUGCUGGGUGUGGUGGCUCACGCUUUUUCUCCUAGCUACUUGGAAGGCUAAGGCAGGAGGAUUGCUUGGGCCUGGGUAGUCAAGGCUGCAGUAAGCCAUGAUUGUGCCAUUGUAAUGUAGCCUGAGUGACAGGGCAAGACCCUGUCUCUACCAAAAAAAAAAAAAAAAAAAAAAGACAA